CGCGUCUACUAACUCCUGCAACAGAUGACCAGCAUGCUAGAGUCUUGCUCAACGCCCCUGAUCCAAGCGUCUUCCCCGCGUCGUUCACGGAACCAGCUCAUCAGCCUCGAGCUGGCAUCGCAGCAGAUACAGCCAACAACGAAUCCAUGGCUUGAUCAGACAUCAAGGACGAUCUAGACCGAUUUGAACGCCUUGUACACGAUACACGCAUGACAAAGGAACCAGCAGGACUACGACGCGUGUCAAGGGAGGUUCCAAGCGUAUUGAAUGCCGGCCGUCGAAUCCAUUCGCAAAGCGUUGCAGAGCUAGGGAAGGCAAUCCGUCAUUUUGAACGCGACUUCACGUCGCUUGCCAGAACGGAAGCGAACCGUAUUUCCAUGGCCAUCUCUCAGCAUGGUCCCAAGAAUCUGCAAGUCGCCGUACCAAUCGAGGCACAACAAGCGCCUGGCAGAGGCAGAGGCCGGGCAGCAGGGGUCCGACGACGAGAAUGACAUGCAGACACGACACGCACGACGGAACGCCCGAAACAUCGCGCCACGCCAUGAGCAAGACGACGACUCGCAGGCACGGCAAGCACGACGCCCACACGAAACACCGCUCCACACCAUGAGCAAGACGACGACAGCAAUACGGAAACCGCACAACCACGUCGGCAAACGCAACGGGCCAAUGAAGGCGAAAGCCCAGCUGCUUCAGGGUGCAGCGCAUGACAGGAACACCGCGCCGCCACUGCCGGCGAGGCGGAACAAGCACGGAAGCGUAGCAAGCGCGCAAAUCACCUUGCACAACAGUUGUAGGGAGUACAUAGUAAGCCUUCCUUGCUCUAGAGCUAUUCCUGAUCCAUGCAAAGCCCUGGCUCGCCACCUGCAGCUCGCUGCGUACUAGUCACCAGCGAUCGCCGGUUCUCACCCGUAAAUCA